GGGAGCAUCUUACCCAGUAUUAUUCUGUUCUAUCUGUAGUACUGUAGUGGCCCUCAGUUUACUUUUGUACUCUGCCUUUGGUACACUAGCAUUUGUCUGUUUUUUGAUGGCAGAGAUGAAAUUUCAUUCAAUAUUCGUGUCAACUUUACCCUCCAAUUCGAGCUGAAUCUUCUUAUUUCGCGUCGUAAAUCUACUUAGCUAUAAUCGUUUCGAGGAGAUUCUCAAUUUUCAAGUUUUGGAUUGAAGUAAAGUCGAGUUGAAAACUAUAAAUGGCCGGAAUCGCUGCUGACGUGUAUGAUGUUUUCCAUCCGACUCCAGUAUCGCUCAAACAACCAGUGAUUAUUCUAACGUGUAGCUCCGCACAUUUUGUGUAGUUCCAAAAAUUUGUUGUGUAGUACCAACAUAUUUGUGUAGUACCAAAAAUAGAUAUUUAUAAUGUGAUGCGUUUUGGGAUUAGGGACCUUGUGGUGAUUCGAUGUUUUUUUUUUAUAUUUGCAUUUUGGGUUAUUUUUGCAAAGAGAAUCCAGUGGUGCAAUCAGUUUUCACCUAAGUGGUCAAAUAACGCCUGUACACCGCUCUAAAGUUAUGCAAAUGUGAGUAACAGCUUUAGUAAAUUUUUGAGAAAAACGCCUCUAAAGUUGGAACUUUUAAUCAAAAAUUUAAAAAAAAAAUUUCAACUGUGGGAGUAUGGAUUCUGGUAUGAAAAUUUAAUGCUGAAUCCGAUACUGUUGUUGUUGUUGUUUUUUUUAAUGUUCUUGAUACCAAACUGAUGAAAAAUAGUAAGGCAUCUUGGGGUAAUUUUUGAAAAAUAAUAAGGGACCUUGUGGUGAUUUUUUUUUAAAAAACGCGAUUUUUUUCUGAAAAAUUUGAAAUUGAAAAGCAAAAGCUCUUGAUAAGUGUUCCAAAAGGCAUAAAACAAUGAAAUUUGAAAUGAUGACUUUUCUUGAAAAGUCCAAUUAAAAAGAAUAGCAAACAGACCCAAGAAAUUCUCGAAACAAUUAGAUUAUCAACUUCAUACAUUUUUCACUAUUUAUUUUCAUCAAAAUUACGUUCAAAAAAGUUCAAUAAUUUCAAAUUAUUCUUUAGUGAUAACGGAAAAAUUUGUUGGAAGUACUAAAAUUUGAGUUAUCGGCAGGUUUUUUCAUCUUUCACCACAAGGUACCUUUUCUUUUCUAUUGUUUCACCACAAGGUCCCUGAGCGUUACCAGUAAUAUCUCCUCAAUGGGAAGUGGUCACGCCAAAACAGCCAAUACCGGUGGUUCAGAAGACUUCAACCAGCCAGAAAAUGCAAAGUCAAUUUUUUUCGAUAAAAUUUUCGAUAGUUUGAUGUUUUGGCUCUCCUGAAAACAUCAAAUUUUCACCACAAGGUCCCUAAUCGCAAAACGCAUCACAUAUACCAAUUUGCUUAUGAGUUUUUCAAUGAAAAAAAAGUUGAAAAAAGAGCUAAUCUUAUGCUUGAAAAAUAUUUUUGCUCAAACUGUUGAAAAUAUCAGUGGUGGAAAAACUGACUUUUCACAUCAAAAUUAUUGCUGUUUUGCUUCUUGAAACUGCGAAUUUCAGAAAGAUUUUACUCUCGCUUCGCUCGGGCCAAUUUGAUUCUCUUCUUCCCGCUUCAAAUUUCAAGAAACUAUGGAUGAAAUUUUUUUAAAGUUGAGAUCAGAAAAACUGAAUUCGUACAUUAAAAUUGAUAUUGUUCUGCUUUUCAAACUACAAAUUUUUCCAAUUUUUCGCCCUCGCUUCGCUCGGGCCAAUUUUGUCAUUUUCUAUGCGGUUUCCAUUUCAAAAAACCCAUGAUUGAAUUUAAAAAAUGUUGAAAUCAGAAAAACAGAAUAUAUAGUUUUCAACAAACUUUAUCUGGCUUGGGGGGCUGGUAAGAAAAUCAGGGAGAGUUGGAAAAAUAAGGGGGAAUCUUGAUACUGAAAAUUAUCCUGCUUGUGUUUGUGUAAUGUGUAGCUCCAAAAAAUUCUUAGAAUAAUCACUGCAAACAACUAUCAGCGAUCGUCGUCAGCCUGGAAGUAUGGCACUGUAAAGUGAAUGAAUAUCGUAAUGAUGGCAAAUUGGAAGACUUCAAUACAUCUGAGGAACGUAUAUUAUUAAAAACCAUGCUCCAUGAUUUGCCAUCCCAGAUAUACGCUGUGAUUGAUGAAAAUGUCAGAAAAUUUGGUUUUUCAAUGGACCGUUGGCUGCGUAGUCAUCACGAAAGAGUAUUUUAUUUUAAUUACAAUCACCGAAACGAUGUUUUAGAACACUUCGAAGAUUUUGUAUGCGAUUACAACGGAGCUAUUCAUUAUGUGAGGACAGCUGAGCGUAUGAUGCUUUGUGAUCGAUUUGAUGCGAGUCAAAAGUUCACGAUUGCUUGUACAUAUUUCUUCGAAGAUGAUAUCAGACGACUUUGGCCAUUAGUAUCUGGAAACAUGGACUCGAAUGGUAUUGUUUUUUCCAAAUGUCCACAAUUGUAUUACUGGAUUUGUUGUCUGACAAAUAAAUUAGAUAAAAUACCAACCGGUCGAAUCAACGCUAGUGUGGAAGAAGUGAUGUUGAAUUCCUUCAUGCCUUUCAAUAGACCAUCGUUUGAGUAUUUUUGGACUCAUAUACCAUCAGAAAAUCGAAUGCGAAAAGCUGUCGAUAUUUAUAAUCGUAGUGUAUUAUCUUUUGCUAGGUUCAUUUUACCAAAGUUGAACGACCAGCAGCUCGGUGAAUUUCUCAAUGAAAAAUGUUAUGGGCUGAUGCAUACUCUAUUUAGGUAUGGGUGGCAUUAUGAAGAGUUCAUUCUAUCAACGUGGAUGCGAAUUCAGAGCUCGUUGAACGAAGAUGCUGUUGCGAAUCUUUUCACGAAAAUACUGCUACAUGAAAACAGGCCAGUUAUGUAUGGACUUCGUGCAAAAUCCACUGUAGAAGAAAGAGAAAGACCUUUUAGUAACAGAAAUUGGUAUCGUUUCUGUUGUGAAUUAUGGAAUAGUGCUGCGGAAAAGUUGAAGCAGUCGACAAUUAAAGUGAUCACAUCGAAGAAAAAGUUGUUCCAAGGUGUGAGGAGUCGUGGUUCGAAAAUUCCUGCUAAAGAAUACGAAUUCUCAUCAACUGUUCUUUCUUACGCCACGUAUGACGAAAGAAAAACAUUUUGGAAUUAUCAUUGGCCCGAUUUGGUUGACGAAACACGAUGCAAAGAUUUCGAAAAAAUAAUGAAAAUAUGUCUCGAGAAGGAAGAUGAGAUAACUCACUUCAAGGAAAACGUCAUGGCCCAUGAUUCAACUUUUCGUAAACUUAGUAACAUAUACUUUAGGUGCGCGCAUUUCGACCAGUUGAAUGAUUAUGCCAAUUUUUUAUGGCCUGAAAUACCAACGUCGAGAAUUAUAUUUAAACAACAAGUACUACAGUCUGCUCUUUCAGGUAAAUGGAACGUCUAUGGUGAAAGGCUGCUCAAUAAAGCAAAGGAAUUUGACGAAUUCAUCAACGAUGCUUAUUGCGAUGUAGAUAUAUCCAAGAACUUUAAAAAUCAACUGAUGUCGUCACCUCGAACACAGGACCUGUUAGGCUUACCAAUCAGCGCUUUACGUACUUCUAAAGAAAAUUUUGUGAAAUUUAUCGACACGUUUGUUUCGAAUGAACAAACUCUGCUGCAGAUAAAAACGAGUUUAAUUGAUGAUUUGAAGGCAAGAAUAAAAUUAGCAUUUGGGAAAGAUGUGGAGGCUGAAUCUUCUUUCAGGCCACUUCUGUCAUGGUGUUUGGGAAGUGAUGAGGAGGCUGCAAAAUAUUAACCGUACUAAGUAUUUAGUUAUAAUCGAUGGUAAUUUUUUUGUCAUGUGUUUAUUCGUAGAUUUGUACGUUCGAGUUUUACGAUACCGACGUAAUUUUUUUUCUGUUUUCAUUCUAAAGAGUGUAGGUAUUUAAAAAAUAUAGGUAGGUACCUAAUCUAUGAUAAAUAAUCAAACUCUUAUUGCUUUUCUUGUAAAAAUUGUGGCAAUGUUGGUUUAAUUUUAAAUUUCGAGUUACAUUUUAUUAUUACCUACCUGUAUAGUUCUCUGUGUACUCUACAUUCUAUUUUCUUCAAGUAUAGGUAUACUUAUCUAUGAUCAAUUUUUUUUCUCCACGAAGGA